AUGAUUUCACUUGAGAAUGAUAAAAUCCAUUUAAUUCAUUCUACCGGCAACUCAACCACUGUGUCUACACUGGGUGCCACAAUCACCUCCUUUAAGGACUCCCACGGUAACCAACUCUUAUUCUUAUCAAACAACUGUCAACCCAAUAAAGCAAUUAGAGGCGGUAUACCAAUUGCAUUCCCUAUUUUCGGUAAACCUCCCUCUGAUGGCCCUUACAAACAACUCCCUCAACACGGUUACGCCCGUAUUUCGAAUUGGUCUUACGAUGGCCCGAUUAUGGACUCCGACGACGGUGUCUCUAUCAAACUAUCACUCAACUCCCCUCCUCAACUCCCUCCAGCUACUCUCACUUACACUGUCACUCUCUCCGCCCAUCAACUUACCUCCACCCUUCACGUCCACAACCCUUCAUCCACUCAGUCUCUCCCCUUCCAGGCUCUACUCCACACUUAUCACCUCGCUAACCCACACAACGUCGGCGUUAUUGGAUUGAAUGGUGCCACUUACCUCGAUAAGACAGCUUCAAGUAACAAAGUGAUCGAAUCACGCGAUAUUGUUCAUGCAAACAAUCUCACUGACUCGGUAUACCUCUCUACUAACGACCACUUGCAACUCUCAAAUGGCGUUAAAAUUCGCAAACACAACUUUCCAGACACUGUUGUGUGGAAUCCGAGUGAAAGCGCAAAGAAUAUGUCAGAUAUGCACAAAAACGGUUGGAAUCAAUUCGUUUGCGUUGAACCUGGACACGUCAAUGACUUUUACUCCCUUGAACCUAAUUGUCAGUGGAUAGGCAUGCAAGUCAUUACUAUACCACAGUGA